AUGGAAUCAUUUCAAAAGAUAUCAAUGAUAGAAACAGAUAAUAAUCAUAAAGUUACUAAAGAUAAUGAACCUUUAGAUUCAAAUAAUAUUAAUAAUAUUGUAGAUAAAAGUAACAAUACUCACAAUGAUAAAGAUAUUGAUAUUGAUAUUAAAAUAGAACACACUGAAAUAAUAGAAAAUAAUAUAUUUAGUGUAGAUCAAAAUAAUGAUAAAGAAGUUAUUAUUAUUGAUAAAAAAGAUAACAACCAAUCAGAAGUAGUAGUAGUAGUAGAAAGUAAUAAUGAUGUAGAUAAAGAUAAAGAUAAAGAAGAAAUAAAUGAAAUCAAAGAUGUGAAUAAUAAUAAUAAUAAUAAUAUUGAUUUAGAAAAUGAUAAAGAAAGUAUAGUUAAAAUUGAAAAUAGUGAAACUAUAGAUAAUAAUAAUAAUAAUAGUAGUAGUAAUAGUAAUAGUAAUGUUGAUAAUGAUAAAGAUGAUAAAGAUAACAAAGUAAAUAAUAAUGAUGAUAUCAUUGAAAUUAAUAUAAAUAAUGAGAGUAAUGUUGAUAAUAAUAAUAAUAAUGAAACAAGUUAUAAUAAAGAUAUAGUUUUAAAAGUAGUUGAUGAUAAAGAUGAAAAGAAAAGACUAUAUAAUAAUAUACACCAUCAAGAUCCAAUCUAUACUGUUUUAAAGCAAAAAGUGUUGUUUAAAUUGAUUGUUUCCAAAAUGAAAAGAUAUGCCGUUCCCUAUUUUGCACCAGGCUAUAAAUAUCAUAAUUUCAAUUGCCUCUCGGUCAUUGUCGACAAAUCUCGUUUCAAUCUCAUACCCUAUCGAUUGAAAUUGAAUCAUCCAAUCACUGUUACACCUUCUGCAAUUACUUCAUUUGUUAGAAAAUGUAAAGAUAUAAAUAUAUUCAGAUUGAUUUACAAAGAAAAAAGAGAAUACUUCUUGGAACCACAUCUUCUCUAUGUUGCAAUUGAUAAUGGUUCGCUGGAGAUCUUUAGGAUUCUCGCCAAACAAGUGUAUCCAGUGAAAUUCUCACGAAGUUUCAACUACUCUUUGUAUCGCUCGAAGAACAAAAAUAUCAUUGGGUAUGCAAGAAAGCGAUCGAGCACUAGGAUGCCAUAUACCGGAAUCAUUGCCAGAAGCUGUAACCUCGAGCUGAUAGGAAAAAUGUUUCCCGGUUACGUUUGGAACAACCAUCAGGCUGUCUCUUCGAUGCUGAAAUAUCAGAGAGACAAUCCCGACAGGAAUAUCGAUGCCAUUCUCGAUACUAUGAUUCACUUUGCACCAAAGAACUUUGGCAAUAUCGACAAGAUCGAGGUGUACGAGACGGCAAUGCGAAAUGUUCGUGAGUCGUUCGAUACCGCUUUGUCGCUUGGCAUCGUUUGUUCGACGCUCAUGAUCCCGACACCUCUGGUACUGGCGGUAUUCGAACUGGCUUCGCGUUUCGCGAUUCAUUUCGAUCACCCUCCAUCAGGCCACUGCAGGUGGUUCGAAGAAGUAAUUAAAUAUUGUGACGCCGGUAUCAUUCCAUACGUUUCCAAUCGCAACACGCAUGCUACCUACCGUGCUAUCAUGCAAUUCGGUACUGUGGAUCAAUUGAAAACCUUUUUCAUGCUUCAUCCGAAUUUCACUAGAAUUGGGUUGUACAGAGGUAAAAACAAUUUUGAAAUGAUUCAAUUUAUUAUGGCGAAAUUUCCAAACUUUCGAAAAUAUGGCCAGUACAGCUAUGUUUCAUCAUUGAAAGUGUUGGACACUGCAGGCCCAGAUGUGCUCAAAUAUCCACUAAAGUUCAACUAUGAUGAUCCUCAACUGAUUGAGAAGGUGAUCAGAAUGUGGUGCGUUGAUAAAGUCCCCCUCCACAUGGAAAACACCGAGUAUAUGAUGCUAAACCUUGCCAGACGUCCUGAAUAUCUUUAUUUGGUCGAUAUGAUCUACACUUUAGUGCCAGAGAACAGAUACAACUACCUAGUUCGACUGCCACUCAGAAUGUAUUCAAUCGAAUUUUCAAACGCUGCACUCUUCAACUACAUGGUGGAGAAGCAGAUCUUUGCUGUGGACACCGACAACCUAUUGAGAAUCGCCAACAUUGGAAAUGCACAGUUCUUUGAAGACAUCAAAAAACUAUUGACCGAAAGACAGAUCGAUAUACUAGAGGUGAAAGCACAGCACUUUGGAUCGUUGGAUUUUUUGAAAACCAUUUACAAAUAUCGAAAAUGCCUGGUGACUCGUCUAGGUUUUGGUGAUAAUUCAAUAGCGGAAUACUAUUAUCAACAAAACAAACUGUCGUUGCAUUUCAAGAGUUUGAUGGGCACUCCCAUUUCACUCAACAUAGAUCUCCUCGAGUACAUGAUGAACAAAAUGACUCAAGAGGAAUACGAUAAAAUGUUGGCAAAGUUCUUUGUCAAUGCACACAAAGAAAACUUGGAUUUCUUCAACUAUGCAAUCAAGAUUGGUGCCUACCUAAAUAUAACAGAGUUUGCUCGUUCCAAAAUAACCUAUGGGAACGACUAUUCAAGAAAACAAUUAUUACUUCAAUACCGUCCACCAACUCUAAAGAAAAAUCCUGUAGGAAGACCAAAGAAGAAAAUAGUGAAUACUCAAUAA